AGUGAAUGAAACUCAAAGGAGAACAUCAAAGAAGUAUGAAGCCUGCAGGGACCAGCACAGAGAUUUCCUUAUUGAGCAAUAUCCUAUCAGCAUAUUCCUUCAUCACAGAAAACCCUGAACGUGCUGCCCUCUGUUUUGUGUCUGGGAUUUGCAUUGGACUUCUCUUGACCUUGUUGGCUUUAGUUGUCCAAAUCUCCUGUCAAACUGAUUGCAAACAGUCGUCAACCCAAAGGCCAUCAUGCAACAGUGAAGGUAGCUGGAGUGACAGUGACUCAGAUACCACCUCAGACCUCUCUGUGCAACGACAACGGCGAUUUGAACGGACUUUGAACAUGAAUGUCUUUACUUCAGCUGAGGAGCUUGAGAGAGCACAACGGCUGGAGGAAAGGGAGCGCAUCAUCCGAGAGAUAUGGAUGAAUGGCCAGCCAGAUAUUCCAGGAACCAGGAGCCUGAAUCGCUACUAUUGAUGGCAGCAAAUAGGAUUGAACUAAUGGGGUCUCUUAAGCCUGUUGGGAAGAGGACUGAAGUCCUACUCUAGAAAGG